GUCAAUAAUUCCAUCCCAUCGACCAUCAUCACCACAGCCACGCGAGCAAACCAAAGAACCCCUCCCUCUCGAGCUUUCCAAGCUCCCAUCCUUAUUGCAACGAUUCAGUACCACUCCGCACCCCCCUCCCUGCUGGUCUUCCCUCAUCCCCCAUGGCCAUCCCACUCCCCAAACUCCCUCCAUCCUUCAACCCCCUCUCCCACCCUUCUCCUCCUCCUCCUCUUUCUCCUCCAAAACCCUCUCUCUUGGUCACGCUCACCUCGCCACGUCUAAUUCUAAGUAGAACACUAAGAAGCACAAACUUAUCAAACACUCGUUUGCCAUCGGCCACCAAGGAUGACUCCUUGUCCUCCAUCAUCACCGAGCUGGAGGCCGAGCAGGAAGCAGAGGAAGAGGAGGAUCUCCUUCGAAGCCCCCUCCAUCGUCCCGACGAUGAUGAUCGGCUCGCCGAUCGGUGGCGCGAGAUCCACGGCAGCGACGACUGGGCCGGCUUGCUCGAUCCCAUGGACCCUCUCCUCCGCUCCGAGCUGAUCCGCUACGGGGAGUUCGCCCAGGCGUGCUACGACGGGUUCGACUACGACCCCUUCUCCCGCUACUGCGGCAGCUGCAAGUACAACCGCCGCAAGUUCUUCGGCAGCCUCGGCAUGGACAACGCCGGCUACGAAAUCACCCGCUACCUCUACGCCACCUCCAAUUUAAAUCUAUCCAAUUUCUUCACCCAGACCCGGGGAUCCAAGACCUGGAGCCAGAAGGCCAACUGGAUCGGCUACAUCGCGGUGUCCGACGACGACGCCACCGCCCGCCUCGGCCGGAGAGACAUCGUCAUCGCGUGGCGGGGCACCGUGACGAGGCUCGAGUGGGUGGCCGAUCUCAUGGACUUCCUUCGCCCGGUGGCGUCCGAGGGGAUCCCCUGCUCGAACCCGGAAGUCAAAGUCGAAUCCGGCUUCCUCGACCUCUACACCGACAAGGAUCCGACGUGCCGGUUCUGCAAGUACUCGGCCCGCCAGCAAGUGCUGACGGAGGUGAGACGGCUGGUGGAGCAAUGCACGAAGGCGGGGGAGACGGUGAGCAUAACGGUGACGGGGCACAGCUUGGGGAGUGCUUUGGCGAUGCUGAGCGCGUACGACAUAGCGGAGACGGGGCAGGACGUGGGGGUGGACGGGGAGAAGGUGGCGAUAACGGUGUUCUCGUUCUCGGGGCCGAGGGUGGGGAAUGGUAGGUUUAAGGAGAGGUUUGAGGGGUUGGGAGUGAAGGCAUUGAGGGUGGUCAACGUCCACGACACGGUGCCCAAGGUGCCGGGGAUUCUGUUCAACGAGCACGUGCCGGCGUUUUUUAGGAAGUUUGCCGAGGGGUUGCCAUGGAGUUAUAGCCAUGUGGGGGUGGAGUUGGCUUUGGACCACAAGAGAUCGCCUUUUCUUAAGGACACUGGUGAUCCUUCCUGCUUUCAUAACCUCGAGGCCCACUUGCACCUACUCGACGGGUACCACGGCAGUGGCGUGAGGUUUUUCCUGGCGAGCAAGAGGGAUCCAGCACUGGUGAACAAGGCGUGCGACUUCCUCAAGGACCACCUCAUGGUUCCACCAUUUUGGAGGCAGGACGAGAACAAGGGCAUGAUCAGGGCUCAUGAUGGACGGUGGGUGCAGCCCGAGAGGCAGAAGAUUGAUGACCACCCGCCGGACAUGCACCAUCAUAUCGGACGGCUGGGCCUCGACAAAGAUCAUUAAGCCGGUGGGAGUCGUUGCAAGGAGCUAAUGGACUAGAAAACAAGAUAAUUGUCUAAAUUAAUUCCCACACAGGAGUGACCAGCCAAAGGAUCACUUGGUUCUGACAAUGUGUUUGUUGUUUUGUGCUCUGUGGUUUAAUUCCUGAGAGAAAUCCAUAUGCACCUAAAAGAGAAUGUGUGGCAUCUUAAUUCAUAGGCAAGUGUUAGUGAAUGAUGAUCCUAGAUUGUAAUUGGCUGGUAUCAUUUUCACUAGAGAAAACCAAAGGAUAUGUUUGUCUAUACAUAUAUAAACAUAAUGGACAGAAGUUUUCUUGAGUAUAAAUGUUUUCAUGUGCUUCUCUCA